GCCCACUAGGGCCAGGUCCCACCAGGUAUUUUCCCGGUGUCCCAGUCCGACCCUGUAUGCCAUUGUCGGCUGGGUUUGGCCUUAUGAAUUCCAUGUCACGCCAAGCUAUGAAUGGACUGACACACUGCUGCUGUGAGUGCUCUCUGUGUGAGACACACUGGUUGGAUGGAGCUGCCUUCACUGCACCACAGCUUGUUGUGACAGGAGACUCCGCCUCCCCUGCCAUAUUCGGAGAGCAAAUCUAUAAGAGGCAAAGGCUGGAAACCGAAACUCAUUCCCUCACUCCGGUCGCUCAGGCUUUGUACCCGGUGCUACAGCCCAAAUGCAAGAAUUCCGCCGUUCCUACAGAAUGGGUAUCGAUCAAGAGCCAAAGGAGAAAGAGCAGCCUAGAACUCCAAUCCAGCUCCUCCAAUCCCAGCUUAAAGAUCUAAAGGAGGCAUCCAUGGAGCUGUCGGAACACUUUCAGGAGGCUUCACCCAUAUACAAGGCGAGAAUAAGUGAGCUGAACUGUAACCUGCGCUCCUUGUUGGAAAGGGAAGAGAAGAUGCGACUGUUCCAGAGCAGUCAGGCUGAAGAGCAAUCUGUGGAACAUCUAGAAGCAAGAGCAAUGGACCUGUGUGAUUUGUACAGCUCUAUUGAUCAUGUGUUGGAGAAUUUAGAAGGAAAACACAUGACUCUGAAGGCAAAAAAACAACUCAGGGCAUUUUAUGAGCAAUUCAAUGCUGUUGCAGGAACUCAGACAGUGUUGGAGAUGUGCAUUUCUCCUCUCCAGUUAAGAGAGUGGAGAGGACAGAGGCAUCUUGUUAAACCAGUUCCCGAAUCAUUGACGUUUGACCCUCACAGUGCUCAUCCUAAUUUGAUUGUGUCGUCAGAUCUAAAGCAAGUGAGAUUUCAGCCUUCGCCAACUGGAAAGAAGAGCAGAGAGUGCUUCGACCCAGGGCUAUAUGUACUGGCAUUGCCCGGCUUCCAGUCUGGCCGCCAUUACUGGGAAGUUGACGUCGGUAGCAGGAGCAGCUGGAUCAUAGGAGUGGUGAGAGAGUCGGUGGAGCGCAAAGUAGGGCAUCAGCUAUACCCUGUCAACGGAUACUGGGCACUACGCAAGCAGCAAGAUGGCAUCUAUUAUGGCCUUGAGGUUUCGCCCAUACACCUAAACCUAAACUUCUCACCUACAAGAAUUGGGGUUUGUUUAGAUUUUUUUAGGGGCGCUCUGGGAUUUUUUGAUGCUGACACUACAAUUCUGAUCUUUGAGCUACCCUGCACUUCGGGAGAAAAACUACUGCCAUUCUUUUGCCCUGGCAUCCCGGUUAAGGAGGAGGAUUGGUGCCCACUGAUCCUAUGUGGAUAAAGGGUCAAAUCUGAAAGUGACUGUUCUAGACCUUACUGGCUUGCAUUGACUGGGACUAAGGCACUAGGAAUACCUCUGCUUUUGGGCCUAUGGCACAAUAGAUGCACAAUCCCUAUUGAUUUACCUUUUGACACCAGCAGCAUCUGCCAUAGGCAAUUUCAUUCAAAGGAUAAGUAAACCUUUAAAAUAAGUUGAUGUAAAAUUGAGAAAAGGGCUAUUCUAAUUACUUGUGCAAUUGGCAUUAAUUAUUUCUUUAUUUUUUUUCCAAGAUAAUAAGGGAUAGAUGUACAAUUAAUAUGAAUGCAUUUUGUUGCAACAGCGCCACCCGUUGGUCACUUCCCAAACAAGUAGUCAUGGACGUCGCCGAGGAAGUUGUCAGAAGAAGGAAAGGCCCGGCUGAUGUUCUUCUGGUUAGGAAAACAUUAGAAACGCCAGAUAACAUUUCUGACUACUUCAUGUUUGGAAAGUGACCAACAGGUGGCACUGUUGCAAAAAAAAUUAACAGUACAUGUAUCCCUUAAUAUCUUUGAAUUAAAAAAAAUAAUGAAUGUAAUCACCAAAUGUUUCACCGAAAGGACCAUGGCAGGCUUAACUCCCCAUGUGCCUUAAGCCUUAUAAAAAAAAGUAAAAACUGAGAUUUCUCAUGGGUGGACUUUCAUUAAAGCUUGGGGAGGCUGAA